AUGAUGGCUCUGGAUCGCCUCAAGCAAGCAGCUUCGCACCUCACAGGCCAAGCAGUACCGCCUCACCCAUUUGAUCCACUCUCCGAACUCGAGAUUGAAGCCGCAGUUGCUCUUGUCCGCAAAGACCAUCCUGAUGUCUUCUUCAAUGCCGUCACGCUGCUGGAGCCACGCAAGGCGGAGAUGAUGGCGUGGGUAAAAGCACCAGAGGUAGCCCCGAGACCGCAUCGUGUUGCGGACGUAGUGUGCAUUGGCCGUGGAAGCAAGGUGUUCGAUGCACACGUGAACUUGAGCGAGAGCAAGAUAUUGAGCUGGGAGUUGACUGAGGGCGUGCAACCGCUAAUAACUAUGGAGGACCUACAAAUCGUUGAGUCUAUCGUACGCAAAGACCCCAAGGUCAUAGAACAAUGCGGCAUCCUAGGCAUCCCGCCGCAGGAUAUGCACAAAGUCUAUUGCGACCCCUGGACUAUCGGUUACGACGAGAGAUUUGGCACGACUGUGCGCCUCCAGCAAGCGUUGAUGUACUACCGUCCCCAUGUCGAUGACAGCCAGUACAGCUACCCCUUGGAUUUCUGUCCAAUCUACAAUUCUGACACUCAGGAGAUCAUCCAUAUUGAUGUCCCGCCUGUGAGAAGACCACUGAGCACAGCACCGCCAAACAAUUACCACGCAGCAGCCAUCGAGAAAGAGGGCGGGUUCAGGAAGGAUUUAAAGCCAAUCCACAUCACACAGCCGGAGGGCGUGAGCUUCACGGUGGACGGGCGGUACAUUAGCUGGGUCAAUUGGAAGCUGCAUGUUGGCUUCAACUACCGCGAAGGUCUGGUUCUUAGCAACAUCACAUUCAACGAUAAGGGCACAGUCAGAGACACAUUCUGGCGACUGUCGCUAGCUGAGAUGGUUGUACCCUACGGAAACCCGGAUCAUCCGCACCAGCGCAAGCACGCUUUUGACCUAGGAGAGUACGGAGGCGGCUACAUGACGAACUCGCUGAGCUUAGGAUGUGACUGCAAGGGCGCGAUCCACUACAUGGACGCAGCAUUUGUUAACCGCGCCGGACAGGCUACGACGAUCAAGAACGCCAUCUGUAUCCAUGAGGAGGAUGCGGGUAUUCUGUUCAAGCACAUCGACUUCCGUGACGACAGUGUCACAGUUACUCGCGCUCGCAAGCUGAUCAUUUCGCAAAUCUUCACGGCAGCUAACUACGAAUACUGCGUGUACUGGAUCUUCCACCUCGACGGCACGAUUCAGCUGGAAAUCAAGCUCACUGGCAUCUUGAACACCUACGCCAUGCUGCCCGGGGAGGACUUGAAGGGCUGGGGUACAGAAGUAUACCCUGGUGUGAAUGCACACAACCACCAGCACCUCUUCUGUCUACGCAUCGAUCCGAACAUUGACGGUCCAAACAACACAGUCUUCAUGGUCGACGCAACACGUGGGGACGGCGAGGUGGGUAGCGCAGAGAACAAGUACGGCAACGCAUUCUACGCAAAGAAGACGAAGCUCAGCACCCCUGAGCAGGCGGCGACAGACUACAACGGCGCGUCGAGCAGGACGUGGGAUAUGUGCAACGAGAGCAAAUUGAACCCAUACAGCAAGAAGCCAGCGAGUUACAAGCUUGUAAGCAGGGAGGUGCCGGAGUUGCUACCGAAACCAGGCAGUCUGGUGUGGAAACGUGCUGGUUUUGCAAGGCACGCUGUGCACGUUACCAAGUACGACGACGCACAGCUCCACCCCGCCGGCCGCCACGUCCCGCAGACAUCCGGCGAGCCGUCGCAAGGCAUACCAGCAUGGAUCGAGGCCAACCCCACCGCCAAUCUGGACAACACGGACGUCGUUCUGUGGCACACAUUCGGCAUCACGCACUUCCCCUCGCCUGAGGACUUCCCCGUCAUGCCAGCCGAGCCCAUGACGCUACUGCUGCGUCCGAGGAACUUCUUUACGAGGAAUCCGUGUUUGGACAUCCCGCCCAGUUACUGCAGUGUGCCGAGUGGGGUGAGGCAGGGCAGCACGCUGGUGGAUCGCAUUAGCAAGUUGGCUUUUGGGGAGAAGGAGACUGCUGCUGCGUAA